AUGUCUCUUCCGAGGAUUCUCGCUCAGAUUGCCUUCACAGGAACUCGUAUUCUAGGCCGCGCGUUUAUGGAGGCGGGCCGUCAGGCUGCGCGCAAUGUGCGAGCUGGCCAAGUUGAGGCGGCCGGCGCAGCUGGCGGCCGCGCAGGAGCGGCCGCUUCGCCCUCUGAUGCGCUUACGCGCACGCAUCGUAUGACGAUGGACGAGGCGAAGAUGAUCCUCAACCUCAAAGAAGAUGUAUCGCUAGAAGCGAACAAGAACGGUAUCAGCGAUGCUGUGAAGAAAGAAAUGAUCGAGCACUAUGAGCGUCUAUUCGAAAUCAACGCUCCGCCCGCCCCUAAGGGCAAGACGGGCGGCGGUAGUGGCUCGUUCUACAUCCAGUCCAAGAUCGUUCGGGCGCGUGAGCGCAUCGAGGCGGAGUGGAAGCUACUGACCGAAGCGGCUGCCGAGCAUCAAGCCUCGUCGUAA